AUGGCAUUCCCGGUACCCAAUGAGCCGCCGCCUAAUUAUAUAGCCUCUGCCGCAGAACAUGGCAUUCGAAUUCGGCAAAGCGCACCCAUUCGCAAAGGCCCACUGCCAUUCGAGCUUCCUAUUCUGACACAUCUCAAAUCGAAGAGAGUCAUUCUUGCUUCUGCUUCACCUAGGAGGAAAGCUUUGUUGUCACAAGUCGGUCUCACGAACCUGGAGAUCCUCCCAUCCGAAAAGCCCGAAGACCUCUCCAAGACCGACUACGGCCCCUACGAGUACGUCGCCGCAACGGCGCGGCAAAAGUGCCUCGACGUCUACCAGGUUGCCUUGGCCCAGCAGGAGGCAGCACAAGGCACCACCGAAGCCGAAGCGCCCGCGGACCCAGCGCUCGUCAUAGCCGCCGACACCGUCAUCGUCACCCGCGACGGGCGCGUGCUGGAGAAGCCGCGCAGCGAGGCAGACCACAUCCGCAUGCUGCGGCACCUGCGCGACACGAGGAUGCACCGCGUGCUGACGGCCGUGUGCGUGCUCGCGCCCAAGGACGACGCCAGCCACCCGGGGUACGAGAUUGCGGCGCACACGGAGGAGACCAAGGUGUUCUUCGCGCAGGCGUCGGACGGGCUGCCGGAUGAUGUCAUUGAGUCGUACGUGCGCACGCGCGAGGGCGCUGACAAGGCCGGGGGCUAUGCGAUACAGGGCAUUGCAGGCAUGAUAUUGGUGGAGAAGAUCGAGGGCAGUGUGGAUAAUGUGGUUGGGCUGCCGGUGCGCAAGACUUUGGCGUUGGCUGAGAAGGUGGUCUUUCAACAGGGCGAGGAAGAGGUAGCAGAGGAUGAAGAAGAAGAGGAGUAA